AUGCGGUUAGGAAAAUAUUGGUCAAAUUCCGAAUCUUUGGUUGCUGGGUUAGGGAAGCUUAUUAAUACACAGCAGAUUAUUUCAUUUAUUUCUCAAUCUCUUAUUCUCACUUUCUCUCUUUCUUUCUUUCUUUUUUCAUUCUUUCUUUCUUCUACUAUCUUCCAUUACCGUUCCCACUUCAUUCUCUCUUUCUUUAUAUUGCCCUCUUUCUCACUUUUUCUUACUCUCUUUCUUUAUAUUGCCCUCUUUCUCACUUUUUCUUUCUUUCUUUCUUUAUAUUACCUAUUUCUCACUUUUCUUUCUUUCUUUCUUUAUAUUGCCCUCUUUCUCACUUUUUCUUACUCUCUUUCUUUAUAUUGCCCUCUUUCUCACUUUUUCUUUCUUUCUUUCUUUAUAUUGCCCUCUUUCUCACUUUUUCUUUCUUUAUAUUGCCCUCUUUCUCACUUUUUCUUACUCUCUCUCUUUAUAUUGCUCUCUUUCUCACUUUUUCUUUCUUUCUUUAUAUUGCCCUCUUUCUCACUUUUUCUUUCUUUAUAUUGCCCUCUUUCCCACUUUUUCUUUCUUUAUAUUGUCCUCUUUCUCACUUUUUCUUACUCUCUUUCUUUAUAUUACCUCUUUCUCACUUUUUCUUUCUUUCUUUAUAUUGCCCUCUUUCUCACUUUUUCUUACUCUCUCUCUUUAUAUUGCCCUCUUUCUCACUUUUUCUUUCUUUAUAUUGUCCUCUUUCUCACUUUUUCUUACUCUCUUUCUUUAUAUUACCUCUUUCUCACUUUUUCUUUCUUUCUUUAUAUUGCCCUCUUUCCCACUUUUUCUUACUCUCUCUCUUUAUAUUGCCCUCUUUCUCACUUUUUCUUUCUUUCUUUAUAUUGCCCUCUUUCUCAUUUUUUCUUUCUUUAUAUUGUCCUCUUUCUCACUUUUUCUUACUCUUUCUCUUUAUAUUGUUCUCUUUCUCACUUUUUCUUACUCUUUUUCUUUAUAUUACCUCUUUCUCACUUUUUCUUUCUUUCUUUCUUUCUUUCUUUCUUUAUAUUGCCCUCUUUCUCACUUGUUCUUACUCUCUUUCUUUAUAUUGCCCUCUUUCUCACUUUUUCUUACUCUCUUUCUUUAUAUUGCCCUCUUUCUCACUUUUUCUUACUCUCUUUCUUCUUUCGCUUCUUACUGUGUUAUCCUUUUUCUAUAUCUUUUUAUGAACUCUUUCUUUCUUCUUUCUUUCUUCUCUUUUCAUCUCUAUUUUUAACACUUUCCUUUUCGUUUUUCACCCUUUUUUCUCCUUCCUUUAUUUCCCUCUUUCUCUUUUCUUCUUACUCUUUAUUCUUUUCCUUUCACACGCCAUUUUUCCCUUCUUUCUUCUCUAUUUCUUCUUUCUCUUUUCUUCAUCUUUCUCUUGCUGUAUUUUUCUUUGCUAUGCUGUUCUUAUUUUUUAUUUUUCUUUCUCUCUUUCUUCUUCUUUUUUUCUUUCUUCUUCUUACCCUCUUUCCUUUCCUUUUAAUCUUUUUUUGCUUUCAUUAA